AAAAAGAUAGUAGUUCUAAAAAUCAAUAUUUAUUUUAUUUCCACCAAUUUUAGGAAAUAAGCUAAAUUAAUUUCCUUUUAUAAAUCAAUCACAAUCCAAAAAAUGUUUUAUAUAACAUUAGUAGGAAAAACGCCCAUUUAAAGGGUUAAACAUGUAGGAAAUCAGAUAGCGCGACCGUUUCUUUUGAAAUACAAAAGCUGUUUUUUUUUUAAUUUUAAUUACAAAAAAUCUAAUGACAGGAAAAAAAGAUUAAAAACUAAGUUUAAAAAAAACUUCAGAGGAUCAAAUAGUUGUUUAUAUUGUUAUCAACACAAAACGUUAUCUAAUAUCGCUUGCAUCCCGACAUUGAUAAUCAGCAUUCUUUUCAUAAAAGUAGCGAUUUCAUAUCUAUAAUGUGACGGGGUGUUGUUAACUAAUUUGUCUUGAUUUAUGGAGUUGAUAACAUUAGCGAAUUUAGAAUAAUUACAGUGUUAUUGUAAGUCGAAUUUGAACACAUUUAUUUUCUUAUACAUGCAUUGUCAUCGUCAUAAAUAACGUAGGUAUUUAUGAACUUCGUCCCCAAUAACUCAAAAUAUUCCUUUUGGAAAGAAAAUGAGUUUUAUGAGCUGGAAGAAAGGCCAGGGAGAAAACCCAGAGGAGCACACGGAAGACGGAUAUUUCAUUAAUUAUACAUCAGAGCCGCCUACUUUACAACAUAUAGCGGCAGUAUCUAUAGCUAGCAGACUAUGGUCAGAACCAGAUAUAAAAGAGGACAUCAGACAAUACUCAGAAAGCAACGGUUUUGAUUUUAGAGCUUGGUCAGCUGAGAAAAUUUAUAAGGAAUAUGAAAAUAGAGUGUUGCAGAAACUUGCUGAUAUGCUCUUGCCAGACAAACUAAAAUACAAAGUUUCAGAAAAUUUUCGGCCUAUAGGAUUGCAGUUGCUCAAAGGUUUUGCAAAAGAAAUUGAAGAAUAUUAUUAUUAUGGAGAAACUGUUGAGAAUGAGGACAAAGGAUAUUGCAGAUUUUAUGAUAUCUUCAAAAUGGGAGGUUCUGUCUACUGGACGAUGGAAGGAAUAAUUGAUAACGUAACAUCACUUAAAGAACUGAUUAAUAAUGAUGACCAGGAAAAAGAUUUUUAUUCCUUAUAUGAAUUAGCCUGUAAAUACUGCUUUGAAGAAUGCGUCCCAUAUAUAUGGGGUAUGAUAUCACCCGACAAAAAGAAUGAAGUUGAUUCUAUAUAUAAAAAUUAUGAAUAUCACAUAAUAGCAUAUUGGACUGCUUUUAUCGAAAAUAAGUUACUGGAUUUUUUCGAAAAGUUGAAGCAAAAUGAUAUAGAUAACAUCUAUGAGAAUGAUCUUAGUAUUGAACAAAACAUGAUUUCGCUGUCAAUUUUUGUUAAAAACCCAUACUCUCUCAAGUAUUUUUGGAAUAAACUGAAAGAAAGUGAAAGAAAUGUUAACUUAGAAAAAUGGUUGAACCUUGCCAUAAAUAAAUUUUCGGAAUGGGAAAUACCUGAAUAUCAAAGCUGCAACGAUAAAACAAAUAGUUUAUGUUUUUUGUUGUCACAAUUGAAUGAUAAAAACCAACAAAAAGAAGUUUUUGAAGCUCAUUCAAAGGUAAUAUUGAGGGCUUUAUUUUAUAAUUGGCCUUGGCAAAGAUUCUUUUUGACAACGUUCUGUCUAAUUUUGGAAUACGUUUCAGAGGACACUUUUGUUGAAAUGAUGACACUUAUUUCCAAAGAAAUCAGAGAAGGAAACGAAAUCAUAAUUGAAGUGUUUAAAGAAAUUUGGUUUAAAACUCCAUUAAAAUUAAAAAAAUCUCUGAUUCAGUUCUUAGGGGAGUCUUCGAGCAUAAUAUAUAGUUUUAUUGACAUGAAUGAUGUUGAAACUAUUUUUAUGAUUUUAAAAUACGCUACUGAGAAAGAAAUAAAACAAAUUCUUUUUCAAAUGAUUAAGAGUUACACGUUAUUUUCGAUUUUACGUUCAAAUAAACUGAGUUUAAUUGACAAUUUAAUGACAAAGUAUCUGACUUCAAGUGACGACAUCGAACACUUCAAGUACAGCGUGAUGGGAGAGUACGGACAUGAUUUGUGCAAAGCUUGGAUAGAUGAAAAUGAUUUUGAAGCAGUUGAAACACUAAUUGCGUGGAGUUUAAAAACGACAGAAGAUGUUCGGAUAUUUAAGGAAAAAAUAUUGGACAAGAAUAAAAUUUACUGCUCUUUAGUGUGCUUGGGUGAUUAUCAAGUAGUUGAUCGUUUUAUGAAUUGGUGUUUCGAGAGUGCAGAUGACAUUAAGAAAUUCAAAAAAGCAUUUAUCCACGAAGUCGAUGAGGAUAACUCUUCUAUUUGUUCACAUUUAUUAUGGGAAUUAAGCGUUCGCAAUCAAGGGUGGGAAAAUUUUGAGAAAUUUGUCAAUUAUAAUUUCUGUUCCCCAGAAGAAAUAACAGAAUUUAAAAAUUUGUUUCGGGAAUCAGUAACAUCUUUUUUGGAAAGUUACAGAUUUGAAUUUGCUCACAAUUUCGUAAUGUGGUGCCUCGGUUCAAUCGAUGAAGUCAAUCAAUUCAAAAAUUCAUUUGUGACUUCUGAGAAAGGAAUGAAAUUUGUGGUGCGUGCUGUGAAUAAAGGGUAUCCCGUUUAUUACCACACGAAUGAAUUAAUAAGAUGGCUUUCGAUCUCAAAAGAAACAGCUGCCGAACUUAAAUGCAAAUUGGAUAACAUCGAACUUUUUUUGGAUUACUGUAGCAAAACUGUUGCGGAAUAUAAAAGGUGGGCAUUGUUUUACAUGUUAGAUAAACAUGAUGGAGGUGACAAAUCUGAAUACAAGGAAUAUUCUGACAGUAUUGACAAAGAUAAUGAUAUAACAAUAGAAAUUAUGAAGGCAUUCAAGAAUAAACAAUAAGAAAAUGUUUUAGUUUUUUCAGACUCUUGCGCUGUCUUGAAAUAUACGAAAAAUGGAUCAGUAACUUUUAUGAGGGUGUGAUCCCCGUUGUUUAAACAAUUUUUCUCUGUCCCAUGUGAAUCUGUUAUAAUUAUUUGAAUUCAAGGCUGUUCGUAAUCGUUAAAUUAUGAUUUCUGGUAGUCAUGAUUAUUUGUGAUCGUUCAUUGUGAUUGCCUAUAGUGAUAAUUCUUGUAAGCAAAGAUUUUGGUUUCUUGUAAUCAUGUUCACUUACAAUCGCCUUUUGUUGAGGUUAUAGGUGAUCAUAACCUCUUUUUAUCAAAAUUUAUUGUUGCGUGUUGUUGUCACUUUGCCGCUUGCCAAUAUCAGCCUGUCUGAUAUGAGAAACAAAGGAAAUUUGACCCACUGACGGCUGGGUUGACCAAAAGGGCAAAAGUUGGAAAAUAUUUCUCCACUAUACACUGCUUUCCUAUCUAAUAACACGAAGAAGAAAAAACGGUUUUGCUAUGCGGUGAAGAUUGCAGGGGAAAAUACGACUUUUUACGGGCAGAACCGUCAGUGCAUUAAAUUUCUUGCUUGUUCAGUGGCUCCCUCUAUGGCCGAGAAAACUAUCUCAGCCACACACACGUCGCAGUGCUGUUGCAGGGCUGAUUCCUACAUUCAUUUUGAGUUCGUUUCUUUGGUCAUUUCUAACCAAAAUUAUUUGUAAUUAUAAUUUAUGAAUUCUGUAAUUUUUAAGGACAGAAUUUCAAGUUUAUAGCCAAUUCUUGUAUGUAAAUCUUUGAAAAACCCACUCUCCUUCUCAGCUGAAAAAUAUAGUUCUAAAAAUCAAUAUUUAUUUUAUUUCCACUAAUUUUAGGUUAUAUAAGCUAAAUUAAUUUCUUUUUAUAAAUCAAUCUAAAUCCAAAAAUUUUUUUAUAUGACAUUACAAGGAAAAAUGGCAGUUUAAAGGGUUAAACAUGUAGCAAAGCAGAAAGAGGGACCAUUUCAUUUGAAAUAUAAAAACGAUUUUUUUUAAAUUUUAAUUUCAGAAAAUUCUAAUGCCAGGAAAAAUUUAUUAAAAACUAAGUUAGAAAAAGCCUUUAAAGGAUCAAAUAGUCGUUUAUACUGUUAUCGACGCAAAUCGUUAUCUAAUAUCGCAUGCAUUGUUUGACAUUGUUAAUCAGCAUUGUUUUUAUAAAAGCGGAAAUUUCUUAUGUGACGGUGUGAUUAUUAACUGAUUUUUCUUGAUUUAGUGAGUUGAUAACUUUAGCAAAUUAAGAAUAAUUACAGUAUUUUUGUAAGUGGAAUUAGAACACAAUUUUCUUUUUUACACGUAUUUUUAUCGUCAUAAAUAACAGAGGUAUUUAUCAACUCCGUUUCAACUUAAGUAUUCAAAAGUAAGUAAUCAAAAUUUGAACUACUUUUUUAUUGUUUACUUAUCUAAUAAUCAUAAACGCAGUUUUGCUACAUGUUUCAUUGCCUAAGUUUGUAUAUUUUUCUUAUUUGUAAAAAAACAGAGGCAGAGAGCAGCAUUAUGGAAUUUGUUUUUAGUGAUUCUAAUCAAUCUAUUUUUAUUUUUAUUCCAAACAUUGUGAACAACAUUCUUACGUGAACAAUUCAAAUGAUUGUGAUAAAUGUAAUUUUCAGCUACCUUUAUUAUGAUGGCAAUUCAGUAUCAAAUAACAAGGGCUGAAAAUUUUAAACCGAUAAAGAUAAAUGUUUCUUAAAUAUUUAAAAGUGAGACAUGUAAAUAAAUCAAUGGAAAUAUAAAUAAAAUUACACUUCCAAAAAUCUUUUUUUUUAUUGUAUGAUCUUAUUAUUAAUAUGAAAAACCAGUGUAUCUGUAUGCAUAUUCUUAGAAAUAAUAAACAUAAGUGUAGUGAA